UGAGUUUAUGAGUGAGGCGUAUGGUGAGGGUCGUGUUGAUAUUGGUCAUACAGAGACGAGUAGCAGACUGACGAUUCGGAGUUUGGUGAGAUGCGAUGCGGGGAUGUAUUCGUGUUGUGUUGAUGCCGAGUGUGAGGAGAUUCGGUUGCAUGUUGAAGAGGCUCCACAAAUUGCCGUUGCCCCAACUGCCCCCACAACAGUCAAUUAUGGUGCUGAAAUCUCCUUGCAAUGUGCUGCUACUGGCAUCCCUACACCACAGAUCACGUGGCUGAGAAACUCCCAAGAGCUCAAGUUUGACGAUAAUCGUCGUUUAAUUGACAUGGACAACGUGACUCAACGUCUUAAUGGACGGCCAGUUGAUGUGAUAUCUAACCUCAUGAUCAGGAAUAUCACUGAUGCGGAUGAUGGUGUGUACAAGUGCAAUGCCAGCAAUAGUCAAGGAUGGACGAGUGCAACAGUGAGGGUAAAGGUUGAUGUGGCAGACGUAUACAGAUAUCCUUUCAACUGUUUACAUCCUCCACACAGUUGGCCCCAAACAUGCACAUCCGUCGCAUCCACCGCCAGACCUCCCGCCGUUCUCGACGUUUCGCCCAACAUUCUACCCGGCAACGAAACUCAAGCCUUCGUCUACUGGAACGGCUGGACGUGCUUCACACAAACUCGUUGCCCGUUCCUCCAUUUCACAUGGAAAGUCUACACGCUGGAAAAACAAGGAAACCAUCUAGUACCUUGCACUAAGUGUGCGCAUGGACACGGCCUAUACAGCGAGCCAGUCAACGUACGUCCAUACCUACACAAACCACAAGGAAUUUACAUGAUCGAGUUAGCAGUUGAAUCGCCAGCUGACAAAGCGACGUCGAUCGCUCGCAGUCUGUUGCUCGUCGACGACGACUCGACAGUCAAGAAAUCAUCAACACACUCGUUGUCUGUUUCUAUGGCGACCAAACGUGUGGCAUUCGGGGACGCAACAUUUUGGUGGCGAACGGAUAAUUCGUUGGAUACGUUGACCGUCAAUUGGUCAAACUGUUUCUAUAAUUCGUUCGUUAAGCGUCGGCCAUCGUUGCUGUAUCCGGUUAGAACCUCGUCCGGUGGAUUGAAUAUUUCACACUCACCUCUCUCGUUCGAUGGCAUCAAGACAGUUAACGACUCAGGAGUCGUAGCAUUCUAUGUUACAUUGUGGAAUACGAGUGAGAGUCAGUCGGAUACGAUGCUUUCCAACGUCACACUCGGACGGUUCAACGACGGCUACUCAUUUGUGUACAAACCUCAUGAGUCUGGCGAGAUGCUCAGAGCUGACAUCGUCGCUACUGACGUAUUCGGUCAUAAAGGUGGCGACUCGGUUUUCGUCAUCACCGACUUCACUCAUCCACGGAUCACGAACUACGACAUAUGGGAUCGACGUCAACCGUCGAUUAAGAAUCCGUCGGUGUGUAAAUCAGCUGGGGGAAGCACGACGAGGCAUUACUCUCUCGAGUUUAACGUAUUGGACAAUGAAAGCGGGAUCGAUCACGUGGUAUGGCAUGUCGGUAGUCGAGCGGGAGGGACAGACGUGGGAUCCGACAACCAUUGA